CAAUUCUUCGAGCUGCGAUCCGAGAAGGAUGGAGGAAGUCGUGGGCCCGGCGCUGGAGCAGCUGACGCUGGCUGAGGACGAAGAGGCCCUGGAGCUGUAGGCGCGCGACAGCUGUGGCGAAAGGCCACAUGAGUCAUUGUGCCCCUCGUAGGAAGUCGCCGCGGAGCCAUGGCCCACACAAGCUCAACCUUUCGGCCGAGCUCCUCGACAAGUACAGCACGCUGGAUGCGACUACGUACGAGGCGCCACCGACCGGUCCGCUACGCGUCUUUGGCGUCAUGAAGCUCGUGCAAGCGAGCAUAUCGUCAGGGUGCUUUUUGACGCGGCAGCUGUAUGCACCGCGCGAGAUCUGGCUCAUGGAUCGCGUGCGCCUUGCCGGUGUCGACCACAAGAUGCGGUUGCUGGAAAUCCUCUCCAAAGAGCUUCGAGUCCUCGAAGCGCUGUCGCCACCCGUCACGACAGCCAACAAGACGGUCUUUGAGCAUACGCUCAAAAACAUGGUCCAGCUCGUGCACGACCAGCGCGCCGAGCUCCUUCGACCGUUUCCACACCUUGCGCAAGAGCCGCCCGCGAGUAGCUCCGAGCCGGCCAAGAUGGAGAAGGAGGUGGCGAACGCGCUUGGGGGCAGCAGUGCGAUCACCAAGAUGACAAGUAUCGCGUUUGGCUUUGGCCGCAUGGUGAAGAAACAAGCCGUCGCGGUCGUCGAGCGUGCAAACGCUGCGAUGCUCGAAACCACCUCCAAGGAAACCCUUAGCCGAUACAGCCAGUGGAUUGAAAGUGUCUUUAUCCAAGUGCAGUUUCUGGGUGUGUGGCUCGAUCCGCCGUACCCCGUGGCCGCGACCUUGGACCUCGGCCGACACCAGGACGUAGCAGCUGCGCUGCAAAACUCGCCGUGGCUCGAGUCCAUUGCCAUCAUCGCCACGUUCUUGGACGACGUCGUUUGCGAACUCGUCAUGCGUGAUGUCGAAGCUCUCUUGCAGUGCUAUUUGCGCCGCAUCUCGCAAGGCUUUGGCGCCUUCUCGAUCGACGCCAAGACGCUCGUCAAGCCGCCGUCGUCGGUCACCUCGUGAGCGAUAACAAGGAAUUUUUACACUAGCAGUGUACAAUAUGUGUGUAUCACGAUGAUUUCUAUCACUCAAUCUGCUCCUGCAUCGACAGUGUCAA